AUGAAGAACCAUGUGUGUCGGGCCAGACUAGUUGGAGUCCUCAUCAUUGCCGUCUCAAUGUACAUCGUCAUUUUCAUGAGCAGACAUUUGAAAGCGCGUACUUCACUUCCUGAGGGAAUUAUUAUAGAUGACAAGGUGGCAAGAAGACUGGACAGCAUUGAACAGACGCUUCAUAGUCUGAAAAGGCUGUUGGAAGAAUCACAUGUUCACAAAAGCAGCGUGAGCAAAUUUGAUCCUAAUGUGGGCCAACACAAGACAAAGGUCCCAGUGCCCAAGUUCUAUCCAGACUCCCUACUGUUUGCCAAGUGGGGAGAGGGCCUUUCGGAAAAAGAGCAGAAGGAGGCAGAAUCUCUCUUUCAGAUUUACGGCUACAACGUGUUCCAUAGUAAUCAGUUACCAAUUGACCGUAAACUGCCAGACAUGAGAGAUACCAGAUGUCUGGCAAUGACAUAUCCCGAAGACCUUCCCAGCAUGAGUGUGGUGCUCAUCUACCUAAAUGAAGCUCUUUCGGUCAUUAAACGAGCCAUCAAAAGUAUCAUGUCACAUACUCCAAAGCAUCUCCUCAAGGAAAUCAUUCUAGUGGAUGACUACAGUACUUACAAUGACCUAGGAAGACCAUUACAAGACUACAUUGAUGAGAUCCACAUAGACAAACCAGGACUGAUAAAGAAAGUACGACAUCAUCGUCAAAUGGGUCUGUCACAGUCACGGAUCUCGGGUUGGGAACAUGCCACAGCAGAAGUUGUGGCUAUUUUGGAUGCUCAUAUAGAAGUCACACAAGGCUGGGCAGAACCUCUGCUCGCGCGGAUCAAAGCUGACAGGACAGUGGUGGUGUCACCCGUAUUCGAUAAAAUCCAUUUUGAUGACCUUCACAUCGAAAAAUACAUCCCCUCCGCACAUGGCUUUGAUUGGCCACUAUGGUGCAUGUACGAGUCCUUCAACGCAGAGUGGUGGAAGGCGAACGAUGAAUCGCAACCUGGGAAGAGUCCUUCCUUGAUGGGAAUAUUCGCAGCACACAGAGAAUUUCUCGGAGAAAUUGGAGGACUCGAUGGCGGCAUGACCGUUUACGGUGGCGAAAACAUCGAACUUGGAAUUCAUGUUUGGUUGUGUGGAGGAAGUGUGGAGGUGGUGCCUUGUUCCAGGAUAGGUCAUAUUGAGCGGUCGCAUAAACCGUAUGCGCUGGACCUCACUCCAAUGAUCAGAAGGAAUGCCUUGAGGGUGGCGGAAACCUGGAUGGAUGAAUACAAGAAAAAUGUUGUGAUCGCUUGGAAUCUUCCUUUUCAGGAUCAUGGAAUCGAUAUUGGUGACGUCUCAGAUAGGAAGAAGCUCCGGGAAAAGUUACAGUGUAAACCUUUCAAGUGGUACCUUGACAAUAUAUACCCAAGUUUGGCCACGUGGGAUAACGUCAUAGGAUAUGGAGUGAUGAGGAACAGUCUUCUGAGCAACAUGUGUGUAGAUCAAGGAGCUGUACCAGGAAGCAUCCCCAUCCUUUAUGAGUGCCACUUUCAACAACCACAGCUUUGCUACUACAACCGAAAUGGGGAAAUCUUCAUUGGUGGCAUCAAAUCUCACAGUUAUAACCAAAACCGCUGCCUGGUUGAUCCAGAUACCAGCAACACCCCGACCUUGCUCGACUGUCAGUUGGCUAAACAGAACCAGAAACACAUGGAAUGGGACUUUCAACAGGGCAGAGGGAUACAAAACCGAGCAACAAAGAGAUGUUUUGAGAUCAGUGAGGGACUAAACUCUGACUAUGUGCUUAUCAUUCAGCAGUGCACAGGACAGAGUUGGACCAUAGAGCACCUCGUUCCCACACUCUAA